GCUCACCAUAUCCAUUGCCCAAUCCCCCCAAAAGCAAGACCCGCGUAGGGCAUCCUUUGUAUAGCAAAUCAAUACCUGCAGCGGCUCCUCACUAGGCCUUUUGCUGACUCGAUGGGACAUCCUCGCAUCUGGAGGAUCCCAUCCGCUUGCCUCUCAACUACUACUGUUCACACAUUCGACCCCGCCUCGCCCUUCUUGCAUACAAACGUGUCACGACAUGCAUCCCUUUUCUCGCGCACACCCCUCUAAAGCCAAGUGCCUUGAAGUGAUUUCCUCUCGUCAUGUGGGACUUCAUGGCGGUAUUUCAUCUCGAGACUGCUGAUUUAUUACUUGUUCAUAGCUUGUACGAAGGACAUGACGGAUGCGCUCUUCGUGUCACGCAGUCACAGCGGUGGUCAGUCACCAUUGGCCGAGACCUGCAUGCUCAUCAUGCUGCAAAGAGGCGCGCUAAGUUGCGACGCAAGCCACUCAAAACCUGGGCGUUGAUUCACGCCUGCUAGCACGCCG